GUCUAGCACUAUAUGUCCAACACAUAGGUCUAGCACUAUACGUCCAACACAUAGGUCUAGCACUAUACGUCCAACACAUAGAUCUAGCACUAUACGUCCAACAUAUAGGUCUAGCACUAUACGUCCAACACAUAGAUCUAGCACCAUACGUCCAACAUAUAGGUCUAGCACUAUACGUUCAACAUAUGGGUCUAGCACUAUACGUCCAACAUAUGGGUCUAGCACUAUACGUUCAACAUAUAGGUCUAGCACUAUACGUCCAACAUAUAGGUCUAGCACCAUACGUCCAACACAUAGGUCUAGCACUAUACGUCCAACAUAUAGAUCUAGCACCAUACGUCCAACAUAUAGGUCUAGCACCAUACGUCCAACACAUAGGUCUAGCACUAUACGUCCAACAUAUAGAUCUAGCACCAUACGUCCAACAUAUAGGUCUAGCACCAUACGUCCAACACAUAGAUCUAGCACUAUACGUCCAACACAUAGAUCUAGCACUAUACGUCCAACAUAUAGGUCUAGCACUAUACGUCCAACACAUAGAUCUAGCACUAUACGUCCAACACAUAGAUCUAGCACUAUACGUCCAACACAUAGAUCUAGCACUAUACGUCCAACACAUAGAUCUAGCACUAUACGUCCAACAUAUAGGUCUAGCACCAUACGUCCAACAUAUAGGUCUAGCACUAUACGUCCAACACAUAGAUCUAGCACUAUACGUCCAACAUAUAGGUCUAGCACU